AUGUCAUCAACUUCCAAAAAACGACGAAUCGAAGAAGAUGUGAGUUUAUUGGUUCAAAAAUCUUUCCAACAAUCAUAAUUUUCAGCCAAUAGUUUCCAUUUCCAUUGAAAAUGAUCAAACUUCUUGGUUCGAUUUACCAUUAGAGAUGCGAGAAAACGUAAUUGAUGAAAUGGAUCCGAAUUCGAAAUGUAGAUUUACAAUUUGUUCGAAAAAAUGUGAAGAUGAGGUGAAGAAAUCGAUGGAUUAUUUGAAGAGUAUCAAAAUUACGAGAGGUUUUCGUCCAGAAAUUUAUAUUGGACACGAUGCUCUUGGUUUUCAUUAUUGUCUUGAUUUUGUGGAAAUUUCGAAUUUAUCGGAGCCAAAAACAUAUGUUUUUUAUAAAACGUAAGAAUUGAACUUUACUUUUAUUUUUUGAUAUUAAAAAAAAUCUGUUUAGAACAACACAUCCAAUGGAUCUGACAAAGAAAACAGUUAUAAAAUGGGUUCAAGAAGUUGAUGGAAAAGCAGAUCAUGUUCAAAGUCUGUAUUUGAACAAAUAUCUGGAGAGAUAUCACAAAUCAAUUAUAAGAUUCGAAUUCAACGGAUACUGUUCCAAAUUCGACCAAUUUAACUUCAAAAUGUUGAAAAAUCUCAUUGACAUUGAAAUAAGAAGUGUGAACGAUAUUAUAAAAGAGGGUUCAAUGGACAAAUCACAAGUGAUUUCUGCAAAUUGGUUGAAAAUGAAAGAAGAAACUCUUGAUUUUGAUGAUAUUCUCAAAUUCAAUGGUUUAUAUUGUAAGACAAAAUGCAACGAUUUCGAUGUAGAAAAAGCGAGAGAAUAUUUGAAAAUGUUGAAAGAUGGAAGAAUUCAUCGAAAUUUGAAUUAUAUGCAUUUGAAAACUAACCUUGAUUGGAAUGAUAUCGAUUUAGAAAAAGUUACCGAAGGAUUAGAAGUAUUGAAUUAUAAUCAAGGCGGUUGGGAUUAUGAUUUAUAUUGUAAAUUUGAAAUUGAAUUAGAAACAUACAUGUUUUUCUAUCCGGAGGGCCCUUCGGGUUAA